AUGCCUCCCUCAUCCUCCUUUCCCCUCUUCUUGCUCCUCCUCAUCUUCCUCCACCUUUGUGCUGAAGUUCGGAGCUACGACGCUCCUGAGUAUAAGCAGGAUGUGUUUGCUAGAAAAGCCUGCCCUGCCUUCCUAACCUUUACGAACGCAGCCUACCUGGCAGGAGUCACAGUGGAGCUGCCCUGCCACUGCAAACCUCAACAGGUCCAAUCUGUUGUGUGGUUCUUUAGGAAGCAUCUUGGUGGCUCAGAGGAGACCACAGCACUGACUGAUCACCAUGGCAACAAGCUGCUGGACCCCAGUCGAGUCCCACACAGCGGCGACCUGCGGAGUCGAUUCUCCAUCCGCCUCUUCAGCCUGCUGAUCUUCAGGGCGGGGCCGGACGACGCCGGCGUCUACAUCUGCGGCUCCGACAACAGGGACUUCUUCUACGGUUACGACCUGGACAUCCAGGAGGCGCGCACCAUCAGCAUCACCCAGAGGCUCGACCCAAAUGAUGUAAACCAGAGAGGAAAAGAGAAAAAGAGAGUCGGUUCUGCUCAGCCGCUCUACAGGAUCUUCAGCAGCUUCCGGCCCUGGUCUGUGUGCGAUCGCUGUGGAGCCCCAGGAGAGCAGGUCCGUGUGGGACUCUGCUACGUCCACUCCAAGUUCCUACAUGUACGCUACAGAAAAGCCAAUCAGACCACCGCUUCUUGUGGCUCGGGAGCUGUGCCGGAAGCUUUUGAAAAGGUGAAACGAAACAAAGAUGGGGCCAAGCUGGAGGUCAAAAGCUGUCAAGUGACAUGUCCAAAUCCAGCUCCUUCAUCCUCCAAGAUCCGGUCUUUGAUGGCAUUUCUCGGGUUCAGUUCUGGUUCCACACCAGCAGAGAUAUCAGUGUACUACCUGAACCACCCUGCAGACCGUGUCCUGACCCUGGGCUGUCCCGGGGCGCGACCUAACAUGGCCGUGGCCUGGGACCGAGGACCUGAACCCAUCUACAGAUUUGAUCACUCGGCAGGUGGUAACCACAGCAACACAAACUCCAGACUGCUGAUAGACACCGGACACCACCUGGUGUUUCAACCUGCAAAAGCUCAGGACUCAGGGGUCUACUACUGCUGGCUGCAGGGGCGCCGCGCAGCUGAGAUACGCCUGCUGAUCUAUGCUCAUUUUGGGAAGAGACAAUCUGUGACCUCGCAUCCUGACUUCCUCAUAGCUCUCAGAACCGUGUUCAGAUCAUAUGCUAUCAUGAGCGCCGUGUUUUGUCUGCUGCUGAUCUGCCGAGUGGGAGUCACACUUCUCUUAGAGAAAAGAGAAGCACAUGUAGAUUAA